AUGCAGUCGGUCCUCGAUAUUUUCUCUUCAGUGCUCUCUCGAUCAUGUGGAAGACGUACUCCACCUUCUGAGAUUCCCAAGAUGGAUACGCUGGCUGGUCUCCUUGUCGAGCUAUUUCGCCGGCUCUUUGCCAUAUUCAACCAUCGAACUAAUCUCGCUCGGCUAUUAGGAAAAGACAAACUACCUGUUUUACGCCGGUUGGAACGAGAUCUACCGGAAUACUUCGUUUGCUAUAUUUGCCAUAUCCUUCAUAAGUAUGACGGUUCAGAAUGCUUCGGCCUAUCUGGCUCGGUAUAUGACCAGGAUAAAUGUCCUCUUCAAUGUGUCAAAAAAUGGAAACGACAUGACUUUGAUUUAGAAUUGAGAGAUCAAGCACCGAGCGCGUUCCAUGUCUACCGCAUAUUCUUCUUUCUCCAUCUUCAGCUUGCUAUGAGAAGAUUCUACUAUGGUGAAAAGUUUGGAAUUAGCACUGAAUCGUUAUCUUACACCCAAGUUCGCGCCCACCCCGGACCAUCAUCAUGCCCUGAAAUCACCUCUUUCUUUUCGACCGAUGCACAAAUCUGUCCAAAGACACCGGGACUUUGUUUAAGAAUCUAG